UCGACGAUUCUCUCUUUAGAGUAACAGAACAGAUAAGAAGUCAAAUUGAAAUUGAAGUGUCAUGUGUAAACUAAAGAAAAUUUUAAAACGUGUUUAAUGAUAUUAAAAAAAUUAAAUAAAUACAUAAUCUAAGAGUAUGACUCACAUACCUCCAAAACUUUGUGACUCAUAUCAAGGAGCGUCGUUGUGGGUGCCUCGAUGAUGGAUAGUACAAUGUACCAAAAAACUCAAAAAACUUUUCGCUCUACCAACCCAUGCAUUAUGGACUCGAUCGAUCCGACGGCAGUGUUGGAAAACGCAUCUGGUGACAAUUUAGUUUUCUCGACCAAGUCUGAUAAUCCGGUGACAUUGGAAACAAAGCUGGAAUCUUUAAAUAUACAUGCGGAGAGUUUAAAUGAGUCGGUUUCGUUGAGCACAAAAUUGCUGGACGAAAAUGAGAAUUUAAGAAUUUCAAGUGCGGAACGAUUUCUUACAUAUCUAAGGAUACCUCAGUCAGUUAAGAAGGUGAAAGUUGUGUCCAUUUUCGGAAAAACGGGCGAUGGUAAAUCGUACACUUUGAAUAAAAGUUUUUUUGAUGGAUUGGAAGUGUUUAAUACGUCGGCGGAGCAGUCUUCGUGUACUUUAGGCGUGUGGGCUGCUUUUGAUCCAAGGCUAAACGUUAUUUGCCUCGAUACUGAGGGGUUAUUGGGAGUUUCGAAGAAGGAAGAUCAGAGAACUCGUUUAUUACUAAAGGUUCUAGCUGUAUCAGAUAUUGUCAUAUAUAGAAUAAAAGCGGAACGUCUACAAAGUGAUAUGUAUACAUUUUUGGGGGGCGCCUCUAAAGCAUACAAGGAUCAUUUUCAAUCCGCCUUACAGCAAGUAUGGGAGAAAGCGGAAGUGGAUGCUCCGAUGUCCGCGUUAGGACCUAGUAUUAUUAUCUUCCACGAGACAGUGCACACGAACACGUUACACUGUAGUGCUAGUGUUUCCGAAUCCCCCGAGGACAUUUUACGGGCGACCUUUGCGGAUUUACAACUCAAAAUUGACUCGUUCAGUUCGUUAAAGUAUAUUGGAGUUCGAACACAGAAUUCCCUUACGUCUUUUAAAGAAUUAAAAAAUGCUAUACAGUUGGAAUUAGAAGACACCAAAGUGCGGUCAGCUAGACAUCCGAAGAUUGUUUAUCACACAUUAAAGGGCCUUAAUGAAAAAUACAGUAGCGAGUUAAAAAAUUCCCCGUCAGAAUUGCAUUUGGAGCAGUAUUUCACAUGUCAAGAAAGAUGCCAAUCUUGCGACGUACGGUGCGCAUUAUCUAUGGGUCAUAAGGAGGCAAGGGAAGCACAUUAUAGUCCUGGAAGAUGUAGAUAUCAACAUCAAUACCAAAAUUGUGUAUAUCUUUGUAAAAAAUGUAACAUAAAUGGUCAAAGAGUGCUUGUUAAACCUAGUUACCAGUCAAUUUCGCAAAAUUCUUGGUCUAGUUUUAUCAAUUAUGUAUGGUCUGGGUAUGUGAUAGAAUGCAAAAAUUGUGGCGAGAUAUAUCGUAGCCGUCAACAUUGGUAUGGUAAUAAGGAUCCAGAAGAUCAGGCUGUUAUUACAGAAAUUGUCCACAUGUGGCCCGGGGGCGAAUAUUUUUUCCAGGAGCGAAAUGGUAUUACAUCACAGAAUUCAGCCCAAAGAGUGUUGGAUGGAGUAAAUAUGAUAUCUGAUGCGGUUCGUAGCGUCAGUUCACAGCCAACCAAAGUGGUGACGGCUUGGGUUACCGAUAAAAUAGCGCCAGCGUAUUGGAGACCGAAUCAUGAAAUAAUGCACUGUCACAAAUGCAAAACACCAUUUCCUCCGGCAUCAGCAAAACAUCAUUGUAGAUCAUGCGGUGAAGGUUUCUGUGAAGCGUGCUCCUCUAAGAAACAGCCGGUACCGAUGCGAGGCUGGUAUACAGACGUUCGCGUUUGUGACGAUUGCUACCUGGAAAUUCCCCCCAGUCUUUCAUUGACUACAGACGAUGUGGAGGUACGAUUUAGAAAAUACGGAGAAGCAGUUGUUAGCUCCAUUACUGCGGUCGCUUCAGUUUUGGAAAUUCCGAAAGGUCUAAUUAAAGAUACAGUGCGUCCCGCUUAUUGGAUGCCUGACAAUGAAUGCAAAAAUUGUAUUUGUUGCGGUAAUCCUUUUGGUCCUGUGAUACCGUUACAUCACUGUCGCGAUUGCGGGAGAGGAGUUUGUGACGAUUGUUCGAACACCCGCAAACCAGUUCCUUACAGAGGAUGGGAUACUGCUGUAAGAGUUUGUGAUAUUUGUCUGAAAGAAAAUUGAUUUUGUAUGCAUUGAAAAUCAUCAUUUAGGACUGUAUAAUAAUCAGAACGACAAACAAUAAAAUCUGUAUGCUGAA